UCUCGAAUCUCUCCUGUCAUGUUCGGAUGCAUAGUAACCUGUCUACUUACUCAGUCCACUAGACUUUGUCAAGGCUGUAGCUCACAGGGCAACCAGGUGCAGUUUAAAUCACAAUGAAAUCUUUUGGCUUUUGAGCUCUGUGCUGGUUAACAUUUUCCUACAGGGGCAAAGGUAAGCCAUCAGUUUUUACCUUUACUUCUGAUCUGUGCUAAUAAUGCCCACACAAAAAGAUGACAGGAUUGGUAAAUGAACAAGUUCAUGGAAAUUCUUGUAUUUUUCCCAGUCAAUCUUUAACCUUUAUGUCCUGCUCUGAUUUUUUUAGACCAGGGUUUUUACUGCUACUUGAGGUGCACCUGUGGUCUUUUGUCUGUUCUUGUGAGGUUUUGUAAUUGCACCAUAAACCCUUCUCUGUUUCGUAAAUUACUUCCUGCUUGGUACUGAUUUCAAAAGCCAAACAAAUUGACACACACAAAAAAAGGUUUGUUAACCUUUAUCCAGUUCAAAGUCAUUAUUCUCAGUGGCGAUCAUAUCAGAUACGGUGGAUUGAAUGUUGACAUUGUGGAAGGGUUUCAACCGAUAGGCACUUAAUGCUGUAUGCAGAGACUUGUGUGUCACUUUUAAAAAGCUUCCGUGUUAAUCGGUAGAUGUCCACGGUUGUUUUAACACACCUUCUGCUAUCGCUCCAUGAUAAGGCAAAUAGCUUGAUGGCCUUUUUUAAACUGAUAUCAGAUCUCUCCUGUCAUGUUCGGAUGCAUAGUAACCCGUCUACUUACUCAGUCCACUAGACUUUGUCAAGGCUGUAGCUCACAGGGCAACCAGGUGCAGUUUAAAUCACAAUGAAAUCUUUUGGCUUUUGAGCUCUGUGCUGGUUAACAUUUUCCUACAGGGGCAAAGAUCUAAUCUUGAAAAUAGUCAAUGAUUUUGAGCGAGAGCCGUCAAAUCAAGAACUCACCCGAGAAGCCCUGGUGUAUCAAGUGGGUUUCCUGGUAUGUGCAGCCAUUGGCAUCCUGUACAUCUUUAUGAUGCCCAUAGUUGGCUUCUUCUUGGCGUGCUGUCGCUGCUGUGGGAACUGUGGUGGGAAGAUGUACCAGAAGCAGACGUCCUGCAUCCCUUGUCGCAGAAGAACUCUCUACUGGAGUGCAUUCGUCACCACAGUCAUUAUCCUUGCUGGGAACAUCUGCAUGUUCAAGAGCAAUGAAGCCCUCAAAGUGAGUGUGGAUCACAGUACAAUGCAGCUCAACACAACUAUAGACAACAUCCACACCUUCCUCACAGCUGUCACUCAGCAAGUUGACCAUGUGGUAAAUGAGAGCUACAAAACCAUAAAAGAGGUUUCCAGAAACCUAGAUGACAUUGGACGUCAGUUGGGAACAGAGAUUCAGGAGCCAUUCAACAAAACUCUGAGCCCAGCGCUGCACGCAGUUAGACUUCUGAACCAAGAGACAAGAAAGACCAGCAUUCAACUUAACAAACUGAACUCAUCUUUGGCCCAGCUGCAGUCCAACGUGGACCACCUCCAGGCCAAUGUCACUGCUGUUAAAAGUCGCAUCAGUGAGACUUUAUCCAACCCAAACUGUACUGGCUGUGACAACCUCAAGCCAGAGCUGCAGAAACUAACACUGGACAUCUCCAUCACUAUUCCCGGCUUAAAUGAGCUCCAGUCCACAGUGGAUGAAGUCAUCAAUAUUAAUCUCACGUCGAAAAUCGAGGAGCUGGAGGACUAUUUAAACAGUAUACCCCAGAGGGUGAUCAAUGACACCAAGGAUGUAGUUCAAAAAAGCAAGCAGCUGCUGGGUGACAUAAAAGCACAAUUCCCACGGGUUACCAGUAGCAUCCCUUUAUCUGCCCUGACCAAUGUGUCGGGGGCUCUGAACAGGGUGCAUGGAGAAAUUGGCAGGGUCGCCCCAGUGGUCGAGAGAGCUGAGCACAUUAGAUGGAAAGUGUGUGUUGCCCUGUGCUGCGUGGUGCUCCUGGUAGUAGUGUGCAACGUCCUGGGUCUGGUCCUGGGCCCUCUGGGUCUGACACCCAAAGUGGACCCCACAAAGCGCUCCUGCACAGCCAAUUGUGGAGGCACCUUCCUCAUGAUGGGUGCAGGUUUCAGCUUCCUCUUCUCCUGGCUGUUCAUGAUAGUGGUGGUGCUGCUGUUCCUGCUGGGUGGAAACGUUUACACUCUGCUCUGUCGGCCCUGGAACAACGGACAACUGCUAAAGUUUAUUGAUACUCCAGGUUUAAUUCCAGACAUAAGUCAGACUUUGGGAUUGAAAACCAACAUCAGUUUCUCUGAUAUCUAUAGAGACUGUGAGGAAAACCAGCCUCUGUGGACAACACUCCGCUUGUAUGAACUCAUAAACCUUGGAGACCUCCUCAAUGUAUCUACAUACACAGAGCAGAUCCGGCAGCAGUUUGAGAGUACAGACAUCAAUCUCUCCAUCAUCACUCUCCUAAGGCCUGAAGUUAAAAACCAACUCAGCAGCUUCUCCAACAAGGCUAAAAAUUUUGACUUCACAGCUAUCAGACAGCAAAUGAACAACAUUUCCAGGAUCAAUCUGAAUGGAACGGCAGAUGAACUUGAUAAACUCGCUGCCAUUCAAACAAACACUGAUACUCGAAAAGAGCUCCAAAACGAGGCCAGGGACCUGAGGAAGAUCCAGAACAGCAUAGAAACAACCACCAUCCCACAACUGGAAAACCUGAACUCGACCAUCAAGGGCCUUCAAUCCCUCACAGAAAAAAUCCAUGGAACAGUGGGGGAGGUGCUGAACGACCUGGGAGCAGCACAAGACUUCCUGAACACAAAUACGACACAGAUCGUCAAGACCGAAAGCAGUAAGUUUGUGGACUGUCAGCUGGGUUACUUCAUUACUUACACUUACUGGGCCAACGUUACGAUCACACAGCAGGUGGGCCGCUGUCGGCCGGUGGCGGGAGCCGUGGACUCAGUGGAGAUCAUCCUCUGCUCACACAUGGUGAACUCUCUGAACACGUUCUGGUUCAGUCUGGGCUGGUGCAUGAUCUUCUUCAUCCCCAGUAUCAUCUUUUCUAUCAAAUUGGCCAAGUACUACAGGAGAAUGAAGUACUCUGAUGUCUAUGAUGACCACAUAAUUAUGAACCACAUCCCGUUGGGCCAGAUGAAUGUCACCUGAGAGGCGGAACAGCUUUAAAAGACGGUGGGCACGGCUGUGGCAUCCCCUUGGCAAAAUAAAAACAUGUGGUGCACUCCGGCAAAGAUGUGGCACAUUGUCACUCUGGCGAAGUCUGUCAAACUGAAAAAAAAAAAACGGGUUACUUCACCUUACGUUACUUUUUUUAAAUUCCAUUUUUCACCUUUAGGUGGACAAGCAAAGCCACUUAUUAAAUGACUGCAGUGCUCAUACAGUACAUUUCAUACACCACACACAGCCUCUCUGAAUUGACCUCAGGGGGACACAGGGCAUAAGGGAAUCUUCAGGGAUUUUUUUCAUUAUUUUAAAUGAACGUUUAAAGAGAUUUAUUUAAUUCAUUGUUUUACAUAAAUGUUUUGUGUAUAUUUAAUGUAUGAACCAAGCCUGCAGCUGGAUUAUGAGGAUAUGUAUUUCAUUUUUAAAAAUGUACAGAUGAUUUUCCUUGAGAGUUGGUCAAAUUUAUACAUUUAUAUACAGUCAUGUCAGUGUGCAGUGCUUUCAGAGGACGCAGCAGUGUGUUACUGUGCCAACAGGCAUUUGUAAUGUGCCAAUCUCUGUCUGUUCGUCACUGUUGGGAACCUAAUUCCAAUGGGAAACACUUUUUAACUAAAUUCUAAUUAUAUUUGCACUACUGUUGGAAAUCAAAGCACAAUUUCCUCUGUGAAUCAUGAAAUGAAUACACUGUUUUUGUGUAACAAAGACUGAAACUAUCAGUCACCAUAUCAUUGCUAUUUGAAACUACACAAUGCAACUAAAAGUGUUUUGUUACCAUUUUGUUUGAAAAUAUGCUUUUGUAAAUUUUGAUCUUGACUGAUGUGAUUCAUGAUUUAAUAAUGAUGAUUUUUGUACUUUGUACUACUCUGUACUCAGUAGUAGCUCAUGUUUUAUCUCUCUGUCUGUUACACAGCUCUUUAUGUGGUCUAUUCAAAAGCUUGUGAACAUUUCUGCCAGCUGUGUACUACUGAGUAAAAUUUGUUACUGACUGACAAAUGAAA